AGUACGCCAAUUACGGCACUGUACAGUACCGAGACAAUUUUGGAAGUUUCGAAGAGCUUCGGACAAGAAAACGGUGAACCCAACGGAAGAAACAGGAGGCCAACAUUCUCGAGUACGAUUUACGUGAUGUACUCGAGAUCAAUAAUGACUCCGUCCACAACACCUCUGCCAAAUUAUUUGAAAGCCUGGACCUGGUCUCACAAAUUGAACUGCUCAAAAGCUCUUUCUGUCAACAACUCAUCACCUCUACAAUACUCAAGCCAUGACUAUGCAAAAGCCUGUCACCGCCAAGAGCACCAAAUCAGUGAAAUUCAGCACUGCUGGACCCACAUUUAUAACCAACUCAAUGAUCAGUAUGCCCAGCUAUGCAUUGUCUGAUUCUCUCAAGGAACGACUCUGGCUGGACAGUGAAGAGAUUGCAGCCAUGAUCCAAAACCAAGAUCAAGAAUCCGCAGCACAAGUCCGUGGCCUUUCUCCCAAGCAAUACAAGCACCGUCAUGGUUUCGUGCAAACCAUCUUGGCCCAGCAAGAGGAACAACGCGAAGAAUUGGGAGGCACUGAUGAACGCGGAAUCCGAAUGAUGGCAUGUGCCCUUAGCAAGCCAGAUCAAAAGAAGGCACUCCAGCUGGCUCGUCUAGAUGCUAUGGAAGCCCAUGAUAUCCACAGGUCCAGUGCAUGCUACACUGACAGCCCACUCAAGUCGAUUGAAGAAUACACGAGACGAACCACCUUUGUGCCCGUCAGACGUCGUCGUGUGGCCACUGCACGCGGAGCUUAGGAUGCAACAAAACGUUCAUUCAUUGUAUCAUAUCAUAUAGAGAGAGUAGCUAUACACAAUAGAGAUAAAGGCUGUAAACGACCAGAAUGUACU